UUAUCGGUGAGUUGAAUCAAAUGAUCCGACUCACUGAGAAGGGCAGGCCACCUGAUCUCUGCUACUUCACUCCUUUUCCACACAAACUUUGUAUUUUUUUUUUUUUAAACAGCGUAGUUAACCAGCUAGAGUAGCUAAAUAGCUAACUCCCAGUAUAUUUUAUCAGUAUUUCUCGGGUUUUACACGGAAUAUUUUCAUUUUGAGGUAAAUUUCAUAUGUAGGUGUCUCCAUUUUGAGGUGUUUUAUUCUCCCCCAAACAGGACAAUGACUGGUAAAGGACCGCCGAUGACACCCAAGGGGACAGACGUUAAAGGAACUAAACUGAAAGUGCCAGAGGCUGAACAUGCAGGUGGGUUUUGUGAUGAUUCUCCAGCAAAGAAGAUGAAGAUGUCUUGUACUAAAUCUCCCCCGGUGGAUGGGACUGAGGGGUUUGAAUCAGCAUGGUCAGAUGCCGUCAGAGACAUCAAUCUCCUGUUCACAAAAUACUCGGAGGUCCUUCGAGAGAGAGCUGCGGUGGAUGCGUCACAGAUUCAGGAGCUGACGAAUAUUCUGACUGAGGCUAUGAGCUUGGAAUCACAACUCAAGGAGAAGAAGGACCACCUGAGACGGGCUUUGGCUAUUAUUUCAGACAAACUACAGGACUAGCCAAAUGACAAAUAUGUUAAAUUAAGGUAUUGGAGCUAUAUUUGAUUUCAAGUUUGAUCUUUUUUUUUUUUUUUUUUCAAAUUUUGUUGUAAUGGUGAAUUUUUAUGUAAUUCUUAUAAUAUUUGUGUUAUGCUCCCCGUAUUAAAACUGCUGGGAAUAUUAUUUUGUAUGGAGGCAAAAUGUUAAAAGGAUGACUUUAUAUAGUAUACACAUUUUAUUUAACAUGCUACAACAGGUUGUAAUAGCAGCAGUUUGAGUGAUAUUGAAAGUUAAGAAUUCAGUUAUCUUACAUGACACAGGUUUGGUGUUAAAAUGUUAUAACAGAUUUGCAGAAGGCUUGAUGCGAUUCCUAUAACAGUAACAAACAUAUGACAUUCUCUUUCUUUGCUCAACACUUUCUAGACACAGAGUACUGUUCUUUAAGUUCCAGCUUUGUAAAGCUCUGUGGACAUAAUAAAGGAUGUUGUCCAGCAACCCA